AUGUCAGACGAUGGGCUCGCUGGUACGAACAAGAAGAAGCAGAAAGUUGCUGACGAUCGUGUAGCCUCGCCUCGAGAGGUCAAUGACGCUCACGAUUCUUUACCCUGUCGGGCACUCUGGGGUGGAACCACUCCGCCGGUUAAGAGACCUCCCCUCGCUCCUUCUGCAGCCGUAAAGUUCGACUACCGUGGGACACGUCCGCUUGUUAAUGACGAAACUGCGUGCGGUGAGCUGGUUCGCCAAGUGCGGGGAGGAUCAAGGUUGAUGCCUGAAAUUCGCGAGUUGGCGUUUCCGGAAAAGUAUAAUGACUCGGCCCGUGCGGAUGCGACGGCGUUGGCUCGGAAGAACCUUCUUGUGUUGGAGUAUGAGUGCGCCUUGCGCAAAGUAGUCUUGGAACUUGUCAAGGCCGAAGAGGUCAUCAAGGCAAAGGAUACUGCGCUCGAGGAGAUGAGGCAUGAUAUUUCUGCAAAGGCAAAUGAAAUAGCGCUUGAGCGCAGCCGCCAUGCCUGCGAAUACAAGGAUGCCAAGGAGAUGAACGGUCGUCUUGAAGGUGAGCUUGAGACUACUCGGAGGCGGGUCGUCCAGCUGGAAAAAGACUUAGCCGAUGCUGCUUUGAAAGCGAAGGAAAACAUGGACCGUUCGAAGCAAAUUCGGAACCGUGAGGCCAUGUCCAUUAGAGGUCAAUUGAUGACGUCGGCGGAUCGUCGCUUUGGGAAAUUUCGGAAGUACAUGGCGGAUAGGGAUAAGCUUGAGGAAAAGCUUUCCUUCCACAGUCAGGCCAUUGGGGCUUUGGAGUCAUUCGACCUGCUGGAGGAAUGGGGGGCGAAGGACCCUAGGAAAUUGAAAGAAAUCUUGGUCGCGAAUGAGGCACGGCUCAAGGAAGAGGUCAAAGGAGUCGAAGUUGAAGAGAUCGCGGAAAGGGAUCUCUCCCUCACCCCCUCCUCGCCAUGA